CACAUGGUGGGUGAGAAGGUUGGUUACUUGGAGAGACUCAGGCCAGCAGAGAGGUGCAGCUGAGCCAAAACCACCACUCAGGCACCAUGGCUGGGAAAAGGCAAAGACGGAAGAUAUCCCGCUCCACGAGAGCUGAGCUUCAAUUUCCUGUUAGCCGUGUAGACCGCUUCCUACGAGACGGACACUUUUCUAGGCGCCUGAGCUCUUCUGCACCUGUAUUCUUCGCGGGUGUGCUGGAAUACCUGACGUCCAACAUCCUUGAACUGGCUGGUGAGAAGGCCCACAUGAGUGGCAGGAAGCGCAUAACUCCAGAGCAUGUAUGUCAGGUGUUACAGAACAAUGACCAGCUAUGCCAACUCUUCAAAGAAGACAGGAAAUCUGAGUUUGAGUCAUCAGAACCCAAUGAGAACUGAUGCCUGGGUCUCAAAAGUCUGGAGGUCCACUGUACCUUCAGCCUCAACCAGCCCCAGUGUCCUACUAGCUGGGGAACUAAUCAAACGUGCUAUUAAAGCAUCUAAACCUAAGCCAG